AUGAAGUUCACCAACCUUGUUCUGGCUGCCAGCGCCGCAAGUCUGGCCGCUGCCUAUCCCCGUGCACGGGAUGUUGUUCCUGCAAAGCAAAGUAUCAAGAAGCGCAGCUCCGGCUUCACCUGGGUCGGUGUGAGCGAGUCUGGUGCUGAGUUCGGCCAGGGUAAUGUCCCCGGUACCCUUGGCUCAGACUAUACCUGGCCCGAGACCUCUCAGAUCAAGAUCCUGAGAGAUGCCGGCAUGAACAUCUUCCGUGUCCCUUUCUUGAUGGAGCGUCUUAUCCCCUCCAGCAUGACCAGCACUCCCGAUUCGACUUACCUGGCUGCCUUGAAGACUACUGUCAAGUUCAUCACUGACAGCGGUGCCUAUGCGGUCCUUGACCCCCACAACUACGGAAGAUACUCUGGCAGUGUCAUUUCAUCUACCGACAACUUCAAGGCUUUCUGGAAGACCGUCGCUACCGAGUUCGCUGACAACGAGAAGGUCAUCUUCGACACCAACAAUGAGUACCACGACAUGGACCAGACCCUCGUUCUGAACCUGAACCAGGCUGCCAUCAACGGUAUCCGUGCUGCCGGUGCCACCACACAGUACAUCUUCGUCGAGGGUAACGCCUGGACUGGCGCCUGGUCGUGGACCAACAACAACGACAAUCUGAGCGGCCUCACCGACCCUCAAGACAAGAUCGUUUACGAGAUGCACCAGUACCUUGACUCCGAUAGCUCCGGUACCUCCGAGACCUGCGUCAGCAGCACUAUCGGAAAGGAGCGCAUCCAGGCUGCCACCGAGUGGCUGCAGACCAACAAGAAGAAGGGCUUCAUCGGUGAGUUCGCCGGUGGCGUGAACAAGGACUGUGAGGCCGCUGUCGAGGGCAUGCUCUCCUACAUGUCCGAGAACAGCGACGUCUGGAUGGGCGCCGAGUGGUGGUCUGCUGGUCCCUGGUGGCACAGCUACAUGUACAGCUUGGAGCCUUCUGAUGGCCCUGCUUACUCGACCUACCUGCCCAUCCUCGAGAAGUACUUCGUAUCCUCCGACUCUGGUUCUACCGCUUCUUCUUCUUCUUCUUCUUCUUCUUCUUCCUCCACCAAGACCGCCGCCCAGACCUCCACCACUACCGCCGCUGCCAUCGAGGUCACCAACACCCCCAACGGCCAGGUCCAGGUCAUCUCCAGCUCUGCUACCCCAGUCGAGUCCGUCUCCGCUCCCCCUACCACCGCUCCCGCUCCCACCACGAUCACUUCCAUCACCGUUGACCUUCCCGUACCCACCUCCGCCCCUACCACUCUUGUCAGCGUUACCUCCGCCGCCCAGACCACCUCUAGCGCCGCCUCAUCCGCUUCUUCCUCUACCAGCGGAGGUGUCGUCAAGCAAUACUACCAGUGCGGUGGCAUCAACUACAGUGGCGCCACUACCUGCGAGAGCGGCUUCACCUGCGUCAAGCAGAACCCUUACUACCACCAGUGCGUUUAA